UGCGCGUUUUCGAUAAACCUUCCAUCGCGCAGGAGCCAUCACAGAGACUCUCUUCUGGCUCUGAGCGCGACAACGUAUAAUGUCAGAACAGGAUGAUACUUUACUGGACGAAGAUCUCGAGGGGGAUGAGGAAUACGAUUUGGGCAAUGAUGAGGAAGAGGCCCUCUUAGCCGAUGACUAUGAAAUAGAGAGGCAGAAUAGCUAUAAGGGAGAAGAGGAAACAGACGAUAUACUGGACUUAGGAGUCACGGACGCGCUCGACGACUUAGACGGCGAAGAUGAAAAUAUAGAGUUUAGUAGAGGCAAUACUGAUAAACAUAGCGAUAACGAUUUCUAUAAGGACGAGGAGCACUCGGAGGUACAGGCCACGUAUUACGAGCAAAACGAGAAUGCCGAGUACGCGAACGAGCAGGCACGGCAGUCCGACAGAAAUUCGGACUGCCACAGCGUCAACGUGCCGAACAAUGUCGGUGAUCUGCGCGAGAAGCUGCAGAAAAACAUGCAGAAGAUCUACGUUGGCAACGGGCAGGGAUUGGAGGAUGACGACUGCGAAGAGGCGAAGGAGAGGCGGAACAGAUUUCAAAACGAGCGUACGAUGAUCUCGCCGAAGAUGAACAAUGAUAUUCCGGACACGCUGGAGAACGUCGUCACGUCGGAACAAUCAGCUAGAGCGCCGUUCAGGGGACGCGGAAGAGGAGGGGGACGCAUCGCGAGAGGCAGCAGGGGUGGAAGAUUUAUACCAAGUACCGGAAACUUCAAUCCAAGGUUCAGUGGCGGGGCGCGGCCAGGUGAUUUCGACAACCAGCCGCCUGCGGGCAGGCUACCGCUAUUGCAAACCAGACCGUUGUGUCUCCUUGGUAUGCCGGGCAACGUGCCGAAUCAGCCGUUGAUGUACCAGCAGGGUAAUCCGCAGCAGCAGCCCUUCCAACAGUUCCACGGCCCGAACGGCCCGAUGCAGUCUCCGGCUGCGCAGUUCGUGGAGAACAGGCCGCAGUUCAAUCCCGGACAGUUUCCGAGCGGGCCGCGUAUCGGCCCGCGUCUCGAGUACGGGCCGAGGGCGGCCGGUGGCCCGAUGGUGGGCGGUGGAACGAUGCAGGGGCCUGGUUACAAUUGCCCGCCGAAUCAGCCGCCGUAUCACCCGAUGCAACCUGCGUUUCAGAAUCCGGGCCCUCUCAUACAGGAGAACCAGAUGCGGCCGAUGCAUCAGGGCAAUCAGGGCCCGCCACCGUUGCAGGGGAAUCCGCAGGGUAACUCGAUCCUCGGGAAUCCCCCGGGUAUGCUGUUGACAGGCGGCAACCCGCCGUUGCCGCUGUUACCGUCGGGCAAUCUGCCGCUGCCCAUGCAGCAAGGUUACCCGCGACAGCAAGCCCCGCCACCGCCGCCGCCCUCUCACGGUCCGCCGUCUAUGCAACAACCGAACCUGCCGAGCGCCCAAAUGCCUAGUCAGCAGCCGCCCUACGAGAACAGAUUACCGUUCCAAGAGCCGCAGCAAUUCGAGGGCCGGAACGCGUACGACGCUAGGCCCGGUUACCCCGAUCAAGUACCCAAUAGCCAAUUUAAUAAUUCGAUGCAACCGCCUGUACCGCAACAGUCGGCGUCUAAUGUACACAGUGUGUCUUUACCUCCAGGCCACAAGAUUCUAAUCAAUCCUCACUUUAGAGGCGCCGUUCAACCGGCGAACGAUGCUCGACUCGCUUGGGAUACUAACCAGCAACAAGUGCAACCGCAAGUCUCUCAUAGCGGCCAGUAUCCGCAGCAACCGCCGUCGUCCUAUCAGAACCAGGGAUCGUACAGUCAGUCCCAACAGGGUCCGCCGCAGUACCAGCCAAAUUAUCAGCAAAACAAGAGCGACGAUCCGUACGCAUACUUCUCCGACGUUUGGCAGGAGAACAGGCCGCAAAAGUCACAGAAUGUGAGCCCGAGCAAGCAAUACGUUUCGGACAAUUACUCCCGGGAUAACAGUUACAGCGACAGUAAUAAAUACAAAGUGGACAGCCAGUGGGAUCAGAGGAACAGCUAUCAAGAGGAUCACAGAGGAUCCCACCAAAACUACCGGGAAAGAGACUUGCCGCUACGGCCGAGGAACGAUCAUGUGCAGCGCAGCAGAUCACCGACGAGCGCGUAUCGCGACUCGUACGAUCAGAAUCACGGUCAGAAGCAGCCAUCGAGGUCGAUUAACGUGGUGCACCGUGGACCAAUCAGGCCGCCGCAGAAGAGGAACCCCGAGCCGGUGGACCGAGCGUCGCGAGAUAUAAGUCCGAAGCGUAAUAAACCGACAGGCAACCGAAACCUUCAUGAGAUACGGAGAGUGGAUACAAUAAGCGAGACGGCCGUCGAGAAGAAGGAAGAAGACGAGGACCCGGAGAUGCAGGAGUAUCGCAAGAAAAUGGAAGAGCAGAAACGGCUCCGGGAGAAACUCCUGCGCGAGAAGGAGAACAGACGCAAGAUGGCCGCGAUGGAGAAGCAAAACGAGGACGGGAAGAUCGACUCGAGUGCCGCGGCGAACGAGAGCGUGCAGCAAGACACGAAGCCCGUAUCAACGCUGGGAGUUGUAAAGGAGGGCGGUGGUACCGUUAAAGUUCGACCUGGUGUUGGUAAAGGACGCGGUCGUCCUAUCAAUUCACAAAGCAUAGAGGCAACAGACAGGCCACUUAUGCGAGUCGUUAGAGCGAAACCGACUUCUGUCCAGAUCAACGAUCUGACGACGCGAAACGACACGUCGGUCGGUGCGAAAGACGAUAACGUCACCACCGCGAUCGGCGAUGCCGGCGGCGAUGUUGUACAAACGAGACAAGUUGUGCAGCAUCUCGGUACACGAAGAGUCGUGAUACACAAGCCGAUGCCGAAUUCGAAAAAGGUCGUCGCCACCACCAUACAGAAGACCGUUUCCAAUCUGCAGCGUAGCCAGCAAGGAUUGCAGCAGAAAGUGUCCAACGUGCAGGUCGUGCAGAUCGUGCCGAAUGCGGGUGGGAACGCGUUGCAAAAAUCGCCAUUGGCCGGCGGACAGAAGGUCGAACGUCAGACGAACGUCGGCCCGAGAAUGGUAGCGCAUAAGGCGAUAGGCGGCCUGCAGAAGACCGUUGUCAACGUGCUCGAUGGGACGAGUGGCGGUCACCUUCAGAGAAACGCGCCCAACUCGCAGAGGAUCGUGCUGCAGAAGACCAACGCCGCGCCGGGCCAACCGACGAAAAAGCUGCCCGAAAUCAGAAGCAACACGGUCAGACUGGAGAAUCUGGCCGCGAGCACGUCCGAGGCGCAAAUCAGGCGUAUGUGUCAAGGCAUCGGAACCAUUGAGAGCAUACGUAUGGGCGAGGGUAAUGCCACGAUUGUGUUUAAGACGCAAUCCGCCGCCAUGGUGUUUCACAAGAAAUACCAGCGUAAAAUGCUCGAUCUAUCGCUGAUAACCGUGCGUCUCGUGCCGCAAACAGCCGGCAAUAAGGUGAUAACAGCCGGUGUCGCGAAGAAAUCCUAAAUGGGGAAAUCCUCGAGAUAAUAAUAAUAAUAAUAGCCUCGGAAUUACUGUAUUCUCUUAAGUGUUAAUGUCGACGUUGUGCGCGCGGCUUCAUCAGGAAAACGACCGUCUCAGGCGACAUCAUCUCUUUCCUUUCUUUUCCUCUCGUUUCAACGGAUGCGACUCAUCAUUGGAGCUGUCUAAUAGAGAUAGAACAUUCAUCUAUAUUUUAUACAUACAUAUAACGUUCACCGAUCUUGUUCCCGACGCACACACAUACAUACACACAUACACACACACGCGCGCGCGCGCAGCAGCAGCAGCAGACUCAUUUGUAAAUCCUAGAGAAUUUGCUUCACACGGAGGAAGGAAACGGAGGGAGCGAUAAAUUUGUUUUGAAACUUUCCAACUGAUGCAGACUAGAAUGUCCUCAGCCGAUUUCUUUGUACAUAUAACGAGAAAUUGUAUAUUUCGUAUAAAAUGAUGUAUGAUAUAUCCAUACAAAAUAAAGUAGCCAGCAGCAACAA